AUGAUAGGUACUCAGAAAGGUUUCUACCGCCUAACAGUCUCUGAAUCUUCACCCAUUGGAACAUCUAUUGGAAAAAUUAUGGCAUAUGAUAGUGACAUAGGAGAGAAUGCAGAAAUGGAUUACAGCAUUGAAGAGGAUGAUUCAAAAACAUUUGACAUCAUUACUGAUAAUGAGACUCAAGAAGGAAUUGUUAUAUUAAAAAAGAAGGUGGACUUUGAGCGCCAGAGCCACUACGGGAUUAGAGCCAAAGUUAGGAACCGGCAUGUGGACAAGGAGCUCCUGAUCUACCAUGCCAAUGCCUCCACCACUUUCAUUAAGGUCCGAGUGGAGGAUGAAGAUGAGCCUCCUGUUUUCCUCCUCCCAACUUAUAUAUUUGAAAUUUUGGAAGAAAAUCCACAUGGAGCUUUUGUAGGCACAGUAUCUGCCAUAGAUCCAGAUCAAAGGAAAUCGCCCAUCAGAUAUUCUAUUACUGGAAGUAAAGAGUUUACUAUCAGUGACAAUGGCACAAUGAUUGUCACUAGCACACUUGACCAGGAGAUCAACGCAUGGUACAACCUAAGUGUCACAGCCACAGAAAGAUACAAUGUUCAACAGAUUUCUUCAGUUCCUGUGUAUGUACAAGUUCUAAAUGUCAAUGAUCACGCUCCUGAGUUCUCUGAAUACUAGACUUAUGUGUGUGAAAAUGCAGACUCUGGUCAGUACACAAGAUGGAUUGAUUUAUUUUAUGUUGUUGAUAAAUUUUGGAAUCUUGUUUUAGAUAACACAGCUACAAUUUUGACUAAUAGAAGUGGUUUUAGCCUUCAAGACGAGCCCAUCUUCUUCAUAACCAUUUUAAUUGCGGACAACGGGAUCCCAUCACUUACAAGUACAAACACACUUACCAUACAUGUCUGUGACUGUGAUGACAGUGGGAAUACACAGACCUGCAGUGAUAAGAAACUCGUGCUUUUCUUGGGACUCAGGCUCAGGAUUGUGGAGUUCAUUAUGCUCUGUGUGUGCGCUCAUUCACAUUCUGAUACAUUUUCUUCAUCAGGGUUUAUAUUUUUGAUGUUGGCUCUAAGACAACAAAGAAAGCAGAUCCUCUUUCCUGAGAAAGGGGACCUCUUCGGAGAGAACAUCUUCUGCUACGAUGAUGAAGGAGGCGGAGAAGAAGACACAGAGGCCUUCGACAUCGCCGAGCUCAGAAGCACCGCGGUGAUGCGGGAACGCAGGGCUCGCAAGACCACCUCCGCGGAGAUCCGGAGCCUCUACCGGCAGUCCCUGCAGGUGGGCCCUGACAGCGCCCUCUUCAGGAAAUUCAUCCUGGAGAAGCUGGACGAGGCGGACUCGGACCCGUGCGCCCCACCCUUUGACUCCCUUCAGACCUACGCCUUCGAGGGCCUGGGGUCCUUGGCCGGCUCCCUGAGCUCCUUAGGGUCAACUGACACCGACCAGGAUGAAAGUUUUGAUUACCUUAAUGAGCUGGGACCUCGAUUUAAAAGAUUAGCAUGUAUGUUUGGUUCUGCAGUGCACUCCAACAAUUAGGACUUUUUACCGUAAAAAAAAUCCCCAAAGUGCUAAUGCCCAUUUGAGCAAAAUGCGUUGUGUGGUCUGGCUUUCUGCAGCGUGGUGAGCCUGCGUUUGUAGUUUUCCGAUGUCCUGGGAGUACAUUGUCCUUAAAGAAAAAUGUUGGAAGAGAUGCACAUAAAUAGACCUCAGAUGCUAGUGCAAGCCAGUGCCACCUCAUGACUGCAAUGUUCCUCAUAAGAUCCAUUCUAUCCAGGGCAAAUUCUCAAAGUGUUUAAUUGCCUUACCUAAGAAAGAGAAUCAGGCCCUCUAAUGUUGUUUCAUUCAUUCAAUUAUUUUAUUCCUGCAAAUUAAGAAUAAAGCAUCGAUGAGUGAGGUUCCUGAUGAUAUAGAGAGAUAAAACUUAUCAUCUGGAGAAUCUGAUGGUUACAUAGACAUGUAAAAACAUUUAUGUUACAUUAAUAGGCGGGACUGUGAAAGAUUCUAUGAAUCAUUUGGGUUUGAUAUUUUAAAAUUCUUGUCAAGAAGGCUCUUUAAACCUCAUUUAAAAUUUGUACAUAUAUUUGAUAUAGAUGAAUUACUCAGAUU